AUGCGUAGAUGCUACUAUGAAGAGCUGGGAACUAGAACUGCAAAAUCAGUGCCAUCUAUUGUGAAACCACCCAAAUUGGAACUCAAACAACUGCCACCACAUCUUCGAUAUGCGUACCUGGGGGAAUCUUCUACACUACCUGUUAUAAUUUCAAGCACUGUCAAUGAGGUAGAGGAAGAGAAACUACUUCAGAUGUUUGAGAGAUUAGCAGGGCAUUCGCACUACUAUUUUCUAGAUGGGUACUCCGGUCUUGUGCUACAAUGGUGUACGGAGACCAACUUGGUGUUGAAUUGGGAGAAAUGUCACUUUAUGGUGCAAGAAGGUAUCGUACUAGGGCACAAAAUUUCAGCAAAGGGUAUUGAAGUAGAUAGGGCAAAGAUUCAAGUGAUCGAGAAGUUACCACCACCUACCUCAGCGAAGGGUGUUCGCAGUUUCCUUGGGCACGCUGGAUUCUACAGAAGGCUUAUCAAUGAUUUUUCAAAAAUUACCAAACCUCUGUGCUAUUUACUGAUGAAAGAGUCCACAUUUGAGUUUACUGAUGAGUGUCUGCAGGCCUUUAAUACUUUGAAAGAGAAGAAGAAAGUAUUUCAUGUGAUCUACUAUGCAAGUAAGACUUUGAACGAUGCUCAGUUAAAUUAUGCCACUACGGAGAAAGAGCUUCUUGCUGUAGUCUAUGCAUACUUGAUGGAGAAGAAGGAUGCUAAGCCACGCCUCAUCCGUUGGAUAUUGCUACUUCAAGAGUUUGACCUGGAAAUCAAGGAUAAGAAAGGCAGUGAAAACGUGGUAGCGGACCACCUAUCUCGGCUUGAGGACACAGAACAGGAAGAGACAGUGGAAAUAAACGAGAUCUUCCCAGAUGAGCAGAUCUUUGGUGUGAUGGAAGCACCCUGGUAUGCAGACAUAGUUAACUAUUUAGCCAGGUGGGGGGCUGAUCAAAUCGUUCGGCGUUGUGUACCAGAGGAAGAGGUGCCUUUGAUAUUAGAGAACUGUCACUCGUCUAUAUAUGCAGGGCAUUUUGGUGCUUCUAAGACAGCGGCGAAAAUUCUCCAAUCAGGUUUUUACUGGCCCACACUCUUUAAGGAUGUGUUUGAAUUUGUAAAGAGGUGUGACCGAUGUCAGCGCACGGAUAACAUCUCUAGAAGAAAUGAGAUGCCUUUGAGUAGUAUCUUGGAGGUGGAAUUAUUUGAUGUCUGGGGGAUCGAUUUCAUGGGGCCAUUCCUACCAUCUUUUUCGAAUCAAUACGUUUUAGUGGCGAUGGACUAUGUCUCGAAGUGGGUUGAAGCGGUUGCAUUGCCUACAAAUGAUGGGAAAUUAUUAUCAAAAUAUGGCGUCAAGCACAGCAUAGCCACCGCAUAUCAUCCCCAAACCAGUGGACAGACUCCUAUAGGAAUGUCUCCAUAUCAAUUGGUUUUCGGGAAAGCAUGCCAUCUACCUCUUGAGAUCGAACAUCAUGCUUACUGGGCGAUGAAGAAGUUGAACAUGGAUUUGAAGGCUGCAGGAAAAUUGAGAUCGAGAUGGUCUGGUCCAUACACCAUUACACAAGUAUUUCCACAUGGGGCAAUUGAGAUCACUCACGACAGCAAGGGGACAUUCAAAGUCAAUGGACAGCGGUUGAAGCAUUACUGGGGUGGUGAUUUCUCAAAGGACAAGUCUACCGUCCAACUUGGAUCACCAGAAUGA